AUGAGCGGAGACGGACUACGAGAAGCGGAGGAAGGAAGAACGGGUGGUCAAGCCCCUCCUCGGGAAGAAUCUCCUGCAGCCGCAAAUAUGGAUGCUAAAAAAGGAACCCAUUUAUAUAAUGUACUGGGCAUACAGAAGAACGCCACUGAAGAUGAAAUCAAAAAAGCGUACCGCAAACUUGCUCUCAAGUACCAUCCCGACAAAAACCUUGAUGGGGAUCCUGAAAAAACGGAAAAGUUCAAAGAAAUCAACUAUGCCAAUGGAGUACUCUCGAAUCCCAAUAAACGACGCGUUUACGACGAGAUGGGAGAGACCGGACUGAAACUGAUGGAACAGUUUGGAGAGGAUGAGAAGAUUCUGCAAUGGAUGUUGAAACCUUGGUUCAAAUGGACAUUCUUUGCAUUCGGACUUCUCACAUGUGGUUUCUUCUUCUGUUGUUGUGGUUGUAUGUGCUGUUGUCAAUGUUGCUGUAACUUCUGCUGCGGGAAAUACAAACCGAAACAUGACGACGACUUUGGAGAUGAGACUUCUGAUGGGGACGUUAUCGUGGAUCAGCCAACAGCUUCUGACUCCCCUCCAAAUACCGAAAGACAGACACCAAUUGUUAUUGCUAUGCCACCUCCACCGCCUCCUCAAAAGUAUGGGUCUGUCGAGAGCAAUAUUUGA